AAGUCACAACAACAUUAUUUCAAAAAUUGUAACAAAGAUAACUAGCUGUCUCACAUGAUUUAUUUGAAUGUCAAACAUAUCACAAUCAUUCUCAAGACUCUAUAUAGAAGAGAGCAUCCAUAUGAACCUUUGGAUUUAUGAGCUAUGAAAGAACUAAAUAGUGUUCCAGAAAGAGAUGGUGACUAUACUGAUUCUUUGCAACAGCUCCCAAUUAUUGACCUUGGCAAAUUAUUGUCUCAAGAUAUGAAGGGGGCUGAAUUGGAGAAGCUUGGUUUUGCAUGCAAAGAAUGGGGUUUCUUUCAGCUAAUUAAUCAUGGAGUUAGCAUGAUAUUAGUAGAAGAUAUGAAGAUAGGUGCUGAAAAAUUGUUCAAUCUUUCAAUGGAAGAGAAGAGUAAGCUUUGGCAGAAACCAGGAGAUAUGGAAGGGUUUGGUAAAAUGAUUGAAGUGCCUAAAGAUGAGCCAUCAGAUUGGGUAGAUGAGUUCUACAUUUUCACACUUCCUUCCCAAUUAAGGAAACCUCACUUAUUCCCUAAUUUACCCAAUCCAUUCAGGGAAAAUUUAGAGGCUUAUUGUAGAAAGAUUAGAGAGCUUUCCAUCAACAUUAUGGUUCUUAUGGGAAAAUCUCUUGGCAUAGAAUCAGAUGAUAUUGAAGAGUCACUAGGAGAAGGUGGCCAAUCCAUUAAGUUAAACUACUAUCCUCCUUGUCCUCAACCAGACAAUGUCUUUGGCCUUAAGGCUCAUACUGAUGGAUGUGCCCUUACAAUUCUUUUCCAAAACAAUGAUGUUGAAGGACUCCAAAUAAACAAAGAUGGAACAUGGAUCAGUGUUAAGCCACUCCCAAAUGCUUUCAUUGUUAGUCUUGGAGAUGUUAUGGAGGUAAUGACAAAUGGUAUAUAUAAGAGCACAAGACAUAGAGCUAUAGUAAACUCAGAAAAAGAGAGACUAUCUAUAGCUACAUUUUAUGGUCCAGAAUGGAGUGGAAAUAUAGGUCCAUUAUCAUGUCUUGUAACUCAAGAAACUCCACCAUUGUUCAAAACAAUUGGUGUAGCUGAUUUCUACAAGGGAUAUCUUUCACCUGAGCAUCAUGGGAAAUCAUAUAUAAAUGAUGUUUUGAGGAUUCAAAAUGAAUACAUCAAAGACUAGCUCUUUAAGUUGAAUCUGUUUGUGAUUAUGGAAAAUAAUAAUGUAUUUCUUGACAUGGAGUAUGAGUGCUUUGUAGUAAGAAUUCUUGGCAUUUCAAAUACAUAUAAAAGUUACUCAGUAUCCUCACUAAGUUCUAUUUAAGAAUAUUAGUGAACUUUAUUUACUUUUUUUUAAUAUAGAUAAGAAAAUAAUUGUAAUUC